GGGAUCAGUUUUAAGGAUAUCAAUAUUUGCCAAGGUGCUGAUAACAAAUUCACAAAAGAAUGGCACUCAAAGGCCUAUCAGUUUCAAUUGCCGAGACUUGAAAUUUUUCGGUGAGAUAUGCUCUAGUGACGCAAGCAAGUUCAUUCUAACUGCAAUGAGCACUGUUGAAUUUUGACCAUCAAAAGUUUUGGCUGGAGAAGCUUUGACGGCUGAACUUCUAAGCUAGUGAGAACCAAUGUUAACUUAUGUUGUGGUUUGCAGUACUUAUAUAAUUUCAAUUUUUCUGUGCAGGUCCUUGCUCAAGCAGAUGAACCUUUAUGUAAUGCCCUGAUGGCUAGUGAUCAUGAUGAUGUUAAACAAGGCUUACUUUCUGAAAAGGAAGAACCUGCUCAACACAAUAACGAAACGAACAAGGUCCAGAGAAGAAGAAAUCGCCAAUAUGGUAGCACUUCAUGUCCAUCAUUUAAGAACCGCCUAGAACAAAAUGAAGCGGGAUCUCAAUGUCCUGCAGAUUGUGAGCCAAUCUAUGUGAAACCACAAUUUAGUUUAAAGCAAGUAAUGUUGUUGUUGGUGGCAUACAUUGGUGGAGGCACCUUCUGCUUUUUCCUGAUGAGGCAUCAGAUAAAAGGUAAAAAAACGAAUGCGAUUCUGGAUUCCAUGUACUUGUGUGUAGUCACAAUGAGCACCGUUGGAUACGGGGACCUUGUACCCAAUAGCAUGUUGGCAAAACUAGUUGCAUGCUUUUAUGUGUUCACAGGCAUGGCUCUUGUUGGCUUAAUUCUUGGCAAGGCAGCAGAUUACAUUGUAGAGAAGCAGGAAAUCCUUUUGGUUAGAGCCAUACACUUCCGGGAAAAAAUUGGGCCACCAGAGCUUCUUAAGGAGGUUGAGACCGAGAAAGUCAAGUUCAAAUGUGUUACGGUUGGAAUCCUUCUUUUGCUGCUUGUUAUAGUAGGAACUGUCUUCUUAUGUCUAGUUGAGAAUCUGGAAGUUAUGGAUGCUUUCUAUUGCGUUUGUUCCACCAUUACUACUCUAGGCUAUGGCGAUGAGAGCUUCUCAACUGGAGGAGGUCGAAUUUUCGCUGUUUUUUGGAUACUCAGCAGUACCAUUUGCUUAGCACAAUUCUUUCUCUACCUUGCUGAACUAUACACUGAAAGAAGGCAAAGAUCACUUGUGAAGUGGGUUCUUACUCGGAGAUUGACACUCUCCGAUCUUGAGGAUGCAGAUCUUGAUCAUGAUAAAGUCGUCGGUGCUGCAGAGUUUAUCGUAUAUAAGCUAAAGGAGAUGGGGAAGAUCUGCCAGGAAGAUAUUUCACUGGUGAUGGAAACCUUCAAAAACCUUGACAUUGAUCAUUCAGGAACUUUGACAGCAUCUGAUCUAGCACCAUCUCAUUCUCAACCAACUUUUGAGUACACAGCUUAACGUUUGCACCAGUACCUCGGAAAUUGUUACAGUAAUUUGUUAACGUAUUCAUUGGGUUGCAUUUGAACAUGUUGCAACUUGUAAAUUCUCAGUUGGUCUUCUUCUUUUUCCUUUUUCCUACUAUGCAAUUCAAGUCAAGAAUUCAACUUCUGGUGACAUUUUCUAAGCAUGAUCAUGGAAAGCUACAAGCAUGAAAUGAAAGGCAGGGUUCCCUAAACAGGGACAAUAAUUAUUUCUUCUUCUUUCUGCAUGAUCAUGCUGCCUGCGCUCCUUAACUUAAUCUGUGCUUCCUUUCUUAUUAAAAUUAGGGAGGCAUGAAACAAGGAAUUGAAAAUUUCCCUGUUAGCGAGAGGGAGAGCUUGCAAGAGUUAAAGUUUCAGCAAACCGGGUAGCAACCGUGAUUGCUAAUGAGUGGAAGGA